AUGCUGAUCUCCAACCAUUCUGGUGCUACGACCUUCACAUUAUUGGGCAUCCCUGGCCUAGAGGCCCAGCAUUUAUGGCUCUCCAUCCCCUUCUCAACCAUGUUUGUUGCCAUCCUCAUGGGGAAUUGUAGCAUUCUUUUUCUGAUUGUAACAGAGCCCUCCCUUCAAACACCCAUGUACUUCCUCUUGGCCCUGCUGAUGGUCUCUGACUUGGCAUCUACCUUGGCUGUGCUUCCCAGGCUCCUCUGGCUCUUCUGGUUUGAUGCCCAUGAGAUAAGCACCAAAGGAUGUCUUGUUCAGAUGUUCUUCAUCCAUUGUGUAUCUGUAGUGCGUUCAGCACUCCUUGUGGCAAUGGCCUUUGAUCGCUAUGUGGCAGUUUGUGAGCCACUCCGUUAUAAUACCAUCCUGAAUUACACUGUGGCAGGGCAGUUGGCACUGGCAUCCCUUGCCAAAGGAGUGAUCCUCAUCUUGCCUAUGCUAUUACUGCUCCAGAGACUGACCUUCUGCAGGACUAUCAUUGCUCAUACUUACUGUGACCACAUGGCUGUUGUGAAGAUGGCUUGUGCUCAUACCAAGGUCAACCGUCUCUAUGGAGUUUUUGUAUUCAUCAUGGUGUUAGGGCUGGACCUUGUACUUAUUGGAAUAUCCUAUGCCCUGAUCCUACAUGCUGUGUUGCGUCUCUCAUCACGAGAUGCCACUCUAAAGACGCUGAAUACCUGUUCAGCUCAUUUCUUUGUAAUUCUCAUCAGUUAUGUGCCUGCACUUUUCUCCUUCCUCACCCAUCGCUUGGGCCAUCUCAUCCCUCCUCAUGCACACAUCCUACUUGCUAAUCUAUACCUACUCACACCCUCUUUGUUUAAUCCUAUUAUCUAUGGAAUUAAGAUGAAGGAGAUAAGGUACAAAAUGGCAAAGUGUCUCUGUAGGAGGGAUACUCUGGCCAUUAAUCCAGGACACAAAGAGGGGAGUGAAUAA